GAUCGUGAUCGGUCGGACAGGAAAUACGGCAUACCGGACCCAAAUCGGUAAGCACUUUUAGCGACAGAAACAAUUGAAUCAUGAUUAAACCACGACUUUAGUGUACAAAAAAUAUCAUACCAUUUACUUUUUCGAUAUACAUUUCAUUAAGAUAUUACAAUCCUAUUUAGCAACAAAAAAAAAGGGAAAGAAAUUUACAAAUAAUACAGAGAUCUCUAAUUUCAUUCUUGCGUCCCUUCCUAGGGUUUCCGCUUGCUACUUUCUGCCAAUUCCAUCCCUUUUCCGGCGGCCAUAUAUGGAUUCCAAACCAUCAAGGAGCGACGUAGAAUCAACUCCGGGACCGGAGCCUAAGAAGCAGAAGACGAUGGAUGAAGCCGCCGACGACGUCGAAGUCACAGAAGAAGAAGAUGACGGCGACACCGACAUGGAAGAUAGUGAAGAGGAAGAGUCGACGUCGAUUAAGGUUGCUCCGAAGCCCCUGGUCCUUUUCCCUUCAGACGAAGAAGGCAUGGCGAAGUUGAGGCGUUUCCAUAAGGAGGUCAUCGACAGCGAGGUAUGCCUGCCUAGAACAGCAACUGGAAUUUGGUUAAGCGACAUGUAAUUUGGUUCAUUUGAUUUAGAGGAAACCACAUUUGACUCAUAGCAACUAUAGAAAGUUAACCAUCACAAAUAAUAACUUUGGUUUGGAGGACACCAUAUUUGACUCAGAGGAACUCAUAACAACUAUAUAAGACACAGACAUAGUCUUGAAAACCAGUCAUCAAUCUCAAACCUAAAACUAACAUAGUUGAAUAAAUGCAAGUUAAAGUGAAAACGUGAGGUUGAACAUCUGAGCUAAUGAGUUGUAGCGAUAAUGAAAAAGAAAGCAUAUG